UGCAGAGCCCGACGCUGGAGCCGCAGAGACGGCAGUAGCAGCGGCGCUCUCCAGCUUCUCUCACGCCCACCCAGCCGCUGGGAUUAAGUGGACGCGAGCAACGGAGCGGACCGGGCUCUCAGGUAAAUCCUGAAAACAUACAUUUUACACACAUCUGGUGCUGGAUCCCAGAAAGCAACUAUGAAUGACAUUGCACAGAAGGCGGAGAUUAUCCUUUCUUCGUCUAAACCUGUCCCAAAGUCCUAUGUGCCCAAACUUCAGAAGGGUGAUGUAAAGGAUAAAUUUGAAGCCAUGCAGAAAGCAAGGGAAGAAAGAAAUCAAAGACGAUCUAGAGAGGAAAAGCAAAGAAGAAAAGAACAAUAUAUUAGAGAGAGAGAAUGGAACAGGAGAAAGCAGGAGAUGAAAGAAUUACUUGCUUCUGAUGACGACGAAGAAACUCUGUCUUCUAAAGUAGAAAAAGCUUAUGUUCCAAAACUAACAGGAACUGUCAAAGGAAAGUUUGCUGAAAUGGAAAAGCAAAGGCAAGAGGAAGAAAGAAAAAGAAUGGAAGAAGAAAGACACCGAAGAAUUGAACAAGACAUGAAAGAGAAGAGGAAAAUUCAGAGAGAACUGGCAAAGAAGGCACAAGAGAUUGAUGAACAAUAUAACAAUUCGGGAACUGAAUCAACAUCAGAGGAAGGUGACGAUUCACUGCUAGUGACUGUAGUUCCUGUAAAGCAUACCAAAUCACCUGGGAAGAUGAAAAUAAGUUUUGAGGACCUAGAAAGAGAGAGAGAAGAACAAGAAAGGCAAAAAUAUGAAGAAGAAAAACAAUUGAGAUAUGAGCAAGAAAAGCAAGCUCUUAAAGAAGUCAAAUAUUUUUCACCAGUUGCGGAUGAAGAUGAAAACAAAGACAGUGAAAGAAAAGCAUUUCCCUCUCCUGGAAAAGUGAAACUAACAUUUGAAGAACUGGAAACAGAGAGACAGAAAAAUCAGAGGAAGCAUGCAGAAGAGGAGGCAAGACAACGCUUAGAAGAGGAAAAGCGUGCCUUUGAGGAAGCAAGGCAGAAAAUGCUGAAUGAAGAUGGUGAUGAUACAGAGAGUGAAAGUUUUGUCAGGGAGCUCCAUCCUGUGAAACUGAUUCUUGGUUUUGAGGAAUUAGAAAGACAGCGGCAAGAAGAAGAAAAAAGAAGAACAGAGGAGGAAGCCAGAAGGCGUAUAGAAGAGGAGAAAAAGGCAUUUGCUGAAGCAAGAAAAAACAUGAUUCCAGAUGAUGUGUCUUCACAGAUGUCAAAAACUGUAUCUCAAGAAUCUCUUACACCUGGAAAACUGGAAAUAAAUUUUGAAGAAUUGCUGAGGCAAAAAAUGGAAGAAGAAAAGAGGCGCACAGAAGAAGAGCGCAGACAAAAACUGGAAAUGGAAAAGCAAGAGUUUGAACAGCUUAGGCAGGAGAUGGGAGAGGAGGAGGAAGAGUGUGAAACCUUUGAGUUAAGCAGGGAGUAUGAGGAACUAAUAAGAUUAAAAAGAAGUGGCUCCAUUCAAGCAAAGAACUUGAAAAAAAAGUUUGAAAAAAUUGGACAAUUGUCAGAAGAAGAAAUACAGAAAAAAAUUGAGGAGGAAAGAGCCAGGAGGAGAGCUAUGGACCAGGAAAUAAAAGAAAGGGAAGCAGAGAAAUUUCAAGAGGAAGAUGAAGUAGAUGUGAAGCCAGCCACAAAAUCUGAAGCUCCAUUUACACACAAAGUCAACAUGAAGGCUCGAUUUGAACAAAUGGCAAAGGCAAGAGAGGAGGAAGAACAGAGGAGAAUCGAAGAACAGAAGCUGCUGCGCAUGCAAUUUGAACAGAAAGAAAUAGAUGCAGCAUUACAAAAGAAAAAAGAGGAGGAGGAAGAUGACGAAGGCAGUAUUGUUAAUGGCUCAGUUUAUGAGGAUGAAGAACAGCAAGCAAGGUCUGGGGCUCCAUGGUUCAAGAAGCCUCUUAAAAAUAUGUCAGUUGUGGAUGGUGAACCAGUAAGAUUUACUGUUAAAAUAACUGGAGAACCCAAACCAGAAAUUACAUGGUGGUUUGAAGGAGAAAUGUUGCAGGACUGUGAGGACUACCAAUAUAUUGAGAGAGGAGAAACCUACUGUCUUUACUUACCGGAAACUUUCCCAGAAGAUGAAGGAGAAUAUAUGUGCAAAGCGGUAAACAGCAGAGGAACAGCAGCUAGCACCUGUAUUCUUACUAUUGAAACUGAUGACUAUUAAUAUCCUACUUUUUCUGGAGCCUUCCCUAAAUUUACUGCAUUCAUCUCUCUUUCUCUCUCUCUCUCUGUGGUGGGGCCAACAAGAAAAAUCUGUCAUUCCCAAAAUAAGAUAUCCAAUUGCCUGUUUUAGGCUUCUGUAUUUCAGACUCUUACUUGACACAUUUAGUUAUCUGAAGCACAAUGGCACAAUCCUCACCCCCACUUACACUAUUGCAUUACUUCACACAGCAAAGCUGUUCCCAGCAGGCAUGCCAUUCAAGUGAAGCAGCCUGCUAAAGUGUUUACACUGGUCUUCAUGUCAGUAUAAAAUACAGCUUGCACCAGUGUAGUGAAAAACAAGUGCAUGGUGAAGUGCUUCUCAUAAGUAAUCUGCCUGGAAAAGCCUCUGGAUUUGUGGCAUUCCAGUUUUCAUGCCAUUGUUUGCACACAUGAAAAGAGGGCAAAGACAAAGGGAAAAGCAAAAUUAGGUUGUUCCCACAGAUGAAGACUAAUAAAUUCAUUAUAUGUUAAAAUAGAUCUCUAUUUCUGGAAACUUAGUGGGAAAAGUUUUAGUAAAAUUUGGUAACCAAAUUGUAGUCAUUUAUUUAAUUGGUUUUAUGCUUAAUGCAGUAUUUUCCUUCUAAUCUGCUUUGAUAAUGUAAAAUCAAAAUAGGGGUUAAAAGCAGAUUUAUGUAAUUAUCAUGUAUAUGCAGUUGUUAAAGUUUUUGGGAAAUAUUUGCAUUUAUAAUUUUGUAUUAGAAGUUGGAUAUUGUCCAGCAUUUUGCUGAUAACACUGAACAAAGCUUAUAAUAUUCAGUAGUUAAGUGUUAGCAUGAUACUGGAUGACUUUUCAACUUGAACCUCAAAUACUGAAUCAUCUCACUACAGUACAAUAGGAACAGCAACAUCAGCAAAUAUGGUUUUCAUACAUACUUGGAACAUACGUCAUUGUAGAUUUUUUUCUAAUGAAAACCUGCAGACUAUCAUAUUCAAAUUAUCUAUGCUGUGUUCUGAUUUAAUUGGAAGGUUAAUAAAAUCUGUGUUGAGUCCAUAA